CACCCCGGGAGAUAUUGCCCAGCAUACCGUGCGCAGAUGUUUCCAUCAUGGCGGACUUCGAUGCGAUUUAUGAGGAAGAUGACGAAGAUGAGCGGCUUAUGGAGGAACAUCUACUCAGUACCGUGCCUGACCCCGUCGUCGUUAGAGGAUCAGGACAUGUCACUGUGUUUGGUCUAAGCAAUAAGUUCAACACAGAGUUUCCACAAGGCUUGGCUGCAAAGGUAGCGCCGGAGGAGUACAAGGCGACGAUCAGCCGGCUGAACGGAGUCCUGAGGAAGACGUUACCUGUCAACGUGAAGUGGCUGCUGUGCGGCUGUCUGUGUUGCUGCUGUACCCUGGGCUGUUCCCUCUGGCCUGUCAUCUGUCUCAGCAAAAGGACACGACAUUCUAUAGAGAAAGUUCUGGACUGGGAAAACAGUCAUUUGUAUCACAAGCUGGGCUUGCAUUGGAGAUUAGCGAAAAGGAAGUGUGAAUCUAGCAACAUGAUGGAAUAUGUUAUCUUAAUAGAGUUCAUUCCGAAGGUUCCCAUCCACAGACCAGACUGACCUUGACACGUCACCUCUCCGUACCGGUAUAUCUGUAACACCCUGGACUUCCCUCCACUCAGCACACUCAUGCACAAACUCAAGUGUUAAGUUAUUCAAACUGGGUGAUACUAGUAAUAUUAUUAAGUUAUUCAUUCAGGUAGAUGAUACUGAGGGAAUCAAUGCAACUUCACAAACAACAAAUUCUCAGACAGACAGUGUUUUUGGAAAAGGGGCAUAAGCCUUUUCAAAAUGUCUAAACAUCCCUCUUUUGUCUAGUUUUGUUGACUCUGUAACUAGUAGUCUACCUGGAUAUCUGAUCUAACCUUUACUCUAUUCAAGUCCCUGUUUGAUAAUUCAGUCAGUUUGGGAAACACUGAAUGUAUGACUGUAAGGCUGAAGCCACUUUGAAUCCAACAAAGUCUUUAUGUCAGAAUUCAGGCAAGAUUAUUUGUGAC